CCAUCAAGCUCUCUAAGACCAACCAACUACGGAGUAGUAUAGUUUCGUCGGCCUGACCCCAUCCCCAACAAUGCCUUACAUUCUCAUCCCAUUGGCACAUUCCCUAUGAUCAUGGUUCCACCAAUCCAAUUCCUGCGCACCUACCACACGUGUGACCGUCCGAUUCCAGCCGGCACCCCGUCCGAUCCUUGAUUACAGCAGUAUUACAGCGAUGCGUCUUCAGGUAAAAGGGUCAGGGGAUGAACCCGUGUUCCCGUGGAACCGAACAUCCGUGCCUCCUCGCUGCCCACAUCAUGGCUGAUCUUCCCGUUCUCAUCGUCGGUGCAGGCAUCAGUGGCCUUCUUCUGGCCCAGCAUCUCCAAAAGCUCGGUGUCCCUUACAAGAUCUUCGAGCGCGAUGCCGCCAUCGACGCACGGAGCGGGGGUUGGGGGUUGACGCUUCAUUGGGCGCUCCCUGCACUGCGGGAACUCCUACCGGACCACCUCGUGCAACGCCUCCCAGAGGCAUAUGUCAACAAGGCGGCUGCUGCUCGCGGUGACACCGGUCGCUUUUCGUUCUUUGACCUGAAAACCGGAUCUGCGUUGUACAGCGUUCCAGCUGCGGAGCGGAUUCGGGUCAGUCGUGUCCGAUUGAGGCAGCUGGUGGCCACGGGGCUCGAUGUUCAGUGGAACAAAACUCUCCAAAAUAUCGAGUCCACCGCCGAUACCGUCACCGCGCAUUUCGCAGACGGAACCUCCUACACAGGAUGCCUCUUGAUCGGCUGCGAUGGAUCGCGAUCCCCCACCCGCGAGAUCUUGUACCCGGACAGCCAUGAGAUGAAUCCACUACCGGUGCAGAUCCUCGGCGCAGCUACUCUGUAUACAGCAGAGGAGAUGGCAGGGGCUGCAGAGAUUGAUCCAUUCAUAUUUCAGGGCUCGCAUCCUGAAUCUAACGUCUUUCUCUUCUUCAGCAUACUCGAUACUCCCAACAACUUCGUCGAAAGCAGCAAAGACAAAUAUGAAUGCCAGAUCAUAUUAUCAUGGGCAGAUUCCAAGGAAAUCGCAGUCCCCAGCGACAACGGGGAGCGACUCGCCCUCAUGAAAUCCUUGGCCUCGGACUGGGCGGAGCCAUUCAGGACCCUAGUCCAUCGGUUACCUGAGAACACGGAGGCACGGUCAAUCCGCAUCGCGGACUGGAUGUUCCGACCGCUGCAAAAUCGCUCGCACCCCAGGGUUGUGCUGAUGGGUGAUUCGGCGCAUACGAUGACUAUGUACCGUGGAGAAGGGGCCAAUAAUGCCAUCGUCGAUGUACUGGAUCUGACCCAACGUGUGGAUAUGCGUUCGCUAGGAUCCAUGUCGACACAAGCGCUGCGAGAUGCAUUGGACGCCUACGAGAACGACGUCUUCAGGCGCGCAGAGCCUAGUGUACUUAACUCGCGCCAGGCCUGUGUCGAUGCUCAUGACUUCACACGUAUCCUAGACGAGAGUCCCCUAGUAUCAGCCCGCGUGCUGAAGGAGGAUACCACGGAGCAAUAGUCUUAGCCAGAGAAUCAUCACAGUGUUGCGGGGAGGCAGCAUAGAUAAUUCCUUCAAUAAAUCACAAACAUAAUAAUUCUAUGCUUCACCAGAAC